UGGCCGCCAGGACGGCUCGCCGCUCCCGCGCGCUGGAGAGGUGGGCCCGGCUGGUGCGCUCCUUGUCGCGCGGCGAUGACGUACUCCGGGGGAGCGGCGGCAGCGUCUCCUCGCAGCGGCAGGAACAGGAGGAGCGCGGAGCGGAGUUUGUAGCAGUUGCGCGCGUGAAGAUGGCGGGCGUCGCCGACGCCCCGGGGAGCGGGGACGGAGGGCGGCGGGGCGGCCCGGAGGCCUCGCUGCUCUCGGCGGAGCCCAACCCGCCGAGGAGCAGCUUCGCUGACGGAGAGCCUCGCCCGCCGCAGCCCUCACCCGCACGCGCGGGCCCUCCUCCCGCCCCUGCCCCGACGCCCCCACUGCCGCCGGACCCCGGGCAGCCCCGCCGGACAGAGACGCUUGGCUUCUACGAGAGCGACCGGCACAAACCCCACCAGAAGCACCGCGGGCCCGCCUCAGAUCUUUCAUUGUUCAGAUUCAUCAAUGCAGAGCUAACAAGGGGUUACUUCCUUGAACACAAUGAAGCAAAGUAUACAGAACGGAGAGAAAGAGUGUACACAUGCAUGCGAAUACCAAGAGAACUAGAAAAGUUGAUGAUUUUUGGGAUCUUCUUGUGCCUGGAUGCUUUCCUUUAUGUGUUCACGCUCCUUCCAUUGAGAGUUUUUCUAGCAGUAUUCAGGUUCAUCACUUUGCCUUGUUACGGCUUGCGCUCUCACCGAGGCCUAAGAAUGAGUGAGAGGCGUUUGCUGCAGCCUGCUCAGGUCUGUGAUAUUUUCAAAGGAGUUAUACUUGUAAUCUGCUACUUCAUGAUGCACUAUGUUGACUAUUCCAUGAUGUACCACCUGAUAAGAGGACAGUCCGUCAUUAAACUCUACAUCAUCUAUAAUAUGCUUGAGGUAGCUGAUCGAUUGUUUUCCUCUUUUGGUCAAGAUAUCUUGGAUGCUCUUUAUUGGACUGCUACAGAACCAAAGGAGAGAAAAAGAGCACACAUAGGUGUGAUUCCCCAUUUCUUCAUGGCAGUGCUAUAUGUCUUCUUGCAUGCUAUCCUUAUAAUGGUCCAAGCAACAACACUCAAUGUAGCCUUCAAUUCCCACAAUAAGUCACUUCUAACUAUCAUGAUGUCUAACAACUUUGUUGAAAUAAAAGGAAGUGUCUUCAAGAAGUUUGAAAAGAACAAUCUAUUUCAGAUGUCAAACAGUGACAUCAAGGAGAGAUUUACCAACUAUGUACUGCUACUGAUAGUUUGUUUAAGGAACAUGGAACAGUUUUCUUGGAAUCCAGACCAUCUUUGGGUGCUGUUUCCAGAUGUUUGUAUGGUGAUUGCAUCAGAAAUUGCAGUGGACAUUGUGAAGCAUGCUUUUAUAACAAAAUUUAAUGAUAUCACUGCUGAUGUCUACAGUGAAUACAGAGCAAGCCUUGCAUUCGACCUUGUUAGCAGUCGACAGAAAAAUGCAUACACAGAUUAUAGUGACUCCGUUUCCAGAAGAAUGGGUUUUAUUCCGCUCCCACUGGCUGUUUUACUCAUCAGAGUGGUUACAAGUUCUGUAAAAGUACAGGGAGUCUUGGCUUAUGCCUGUGUUGUGCUCUUCUAUUGCGGGUUGAUAUCACUCAAAGUACUUAACAGCAUUGUGCUUUUGGGGAAAUCAUGCCAAUAUGUCAAAGAAGCAAACAUGGAAGAGAAGUUGUUUAACCCUCCUCCUACCGGCACCCCAGGCAAACCUCUUGGUAAACCACAGAGCAAGUACAAGUCCAGCCAAGAGGAAAAGUUGCCUUCUUCAGUGACCAGUCAACCUGUGCACCAAAAUGAAAGUGUAGUGCCACAACUUGUAACUAGCAACUCUGAUCAGUUUCUGACAACUCCUGAUGGAGAUGAGAAAGAUAUAACCCAGGACAAUUCAGAAUCAAAACACAGAUCUACAAAGAAGGAUUUGUUGGAGAUAGACAGGUUUACAAUAUGCGGAAACAGAAUUGACUAGACUUUUGUAAAUGAAUGUGCUUAAGAUACUGAACUGUUGGGACAGCAGAUGCUACCAAGAAUGACAGACGCCAAGUAGGUGUUUCAAUAUUUAUUUUAAACUUUAAGUUAUUAAUGGCAAGCCUUUCACAGUGAAUAACUUGGCUGGAUAAAGUGGUCAUGUUUCAGCUCUUUAACUUGGAUUUUUUUUUAAUGAUAGUUUUUUAGAGAGGUCUACAAUUUGACAGAGCUACGACAUCAGUUUCCUGGAAUGAAUGUGUGAAAUAUAUUUAAAUCCAUUUCUGCUGUAUCAGUCUGUGCUUCUGGAACAUAAUCUCUUUUCAUCGAAGUCCCUUCAUUAUAAGGAAAACUUUGGAUAAUCUUUGCAACCUUAAAAAGAAGCUUCCCCCCCCCCCCCCCCCCCCACACACACACACACUUUCAUAAGCAGCUGCAAAAGGAUUUCAAACUCUGCCAUGUCUUUUUCAAACUUUGAGUAGAAGUAAUAACAAGGGAUUAUUGACAUUGGAAGAUUUCAAAUAAUUUAAAUAAAUGAUUCUUUAAUGAUUAUUGCAUAAUAUCUUUUGUCUUAAAUACUGCAUCAUAGCCAGAAGUUGAUCACAAAACAAGAUAAUGGCACAUGAAUGAUAAAUAAGCAAAACCGUUUUUCCCUUUGCUUAGUUUUCUUUGUACAUGAAAUGUAGAAGUCUUGAGAUUUAUAAAUAUAAAGUGUACAUGCUUGUGGGGAGGAAGGGUCAUACCAACUUGUGGGAUUGCACUUUGGCACUUAAAAAUGUUUUAACUGCAAUGAAAUAGAGAGGGUGUGUUAUUUGUGUUGUUUUGUUGAAUCAAUUAAGAACAGUUUUUUAAAUGCUACAAAUUGGCAAAAAGCAAAUGAGAGCCUGAUUAUUGGUGUUGGAUGUUAAGCAGACAUUAGGUAGAAUGAUUGUACUCUUAGGAAGUGCUUGGGUUUUGAAGUAUAACAUAGUUUUACUUGAGGUGCGUAGGGCGUGAGAAACUGGCAAAGACUUCAGACAGGACUGGAGCAGGAAUCAGACAAGUGUUCUCCUGAAGGUGCUUUCUUGCUCUGCUUUAAACGUUAUUUAUGCUGAAAAUAAUCAGCAGAUCUUUGACAAUUCAUUUAUUGCCUUUACAGAGUGGCCAAGUAAAAAGUUAAUAAAUUAAGAAAUGGCAUUCAAAAUACAUGAUUGUCUCUCAAAGCUGCCGAUGCUACUGCCAAGAUAAAAAUGAGUGUACAGAAAUUAUGUCUUCACAAAGAAGCUUCAAACAUGGAAUUAAGUUAAACAGUGUAAGGAUUGAAGUUCUCAGAUCAAAAAGGGCCAUUUCUCUCCUCACCCCCAGCCCAUGGUUUCCUUUCCUUUCAGCUUGGUGAAGUGGCCAAAGUUGAAAAUGUUGAAAGCCAAAUUCCAGAUCUACAGAAAUGAUGAUUUCAGAUGGGCAUUCAUUUUUGGCAAAAUCUCAUUAAUUAAUAUUGAAUUCAAAAAUAUUGUUGAAUUUGUUGUAAUUUAAUUUUCAUUUAAUAGUUGCUCAAAAGAAGCUUGGAAUUAUUUUUCCCCUGUAAAAUGACAUUCUGUAUGGAUUUUAUAAGUGCAUCUUGUGUGAUAAUAAAAAAAAUCAAUUUUGUAA